AUGCCCGAAGGCAACUUCCCCCUCAAGAGUCUCUCUUGGUUCCUGCGCCUCUUAGAAUUCUGCUGUGCCGUUAUCAUAUUGGGCAUAUUCUCCUACUUCAUCUCGGUUCUCAGCAGCAACGGCAUCCAUGUCGCAACCUACAUCCGGGCCGUUGAAGGAAUUGCUGCUUGGGCAACAGGAUACACCCUCAUCGCCCUCCUGCUUGUCUGCUGCCUUGGCGGAAUAGCGAUAUUUUCGAGUAUAGCUCUGGUAUUCGAUGUCGCCUUGUUUGGGGCGUUCAUCUAUAUGAGCUAUGCAACUAGGGGCGGGAAUAGGAGUUGUCGCGGGUAUGCGUGGACGCCGCUCGGGGCUGGGAAUGUCUUUGACGCCAACCGGUAUGAAUUUGAAACUGGGGAAUUUGUUUUCUUACCUAGCUUGAGGAAGGCCUGUAGAUUGGAUAGAGCAUGUUUUGUGCUAUCCAUCCUUGCUGUCUGCUUCUUCUUCUUCUCUGCCAUCGUCGAGGGGGCCCUCAUUCACACCAAAAGAAAGAAGAGAGCGUUGGCUCCUUCGCCAAAUAACGGAUAUACGGCUGAAACUCCACACCACAGGUUUUGGAAGAAACAGCCUACGAAUGUAGAGAAGGGCCAAGAAAUUGCUGCCGUGAAUCAUAAGGCUAGCCCUUCGAAUGGGACUGAAGUUGAACCCGAGGAGAGAGUUUGA